AAACAAAGACAAAAUGAAGGUGUUCCUCCUAUCGUUGGGGGUGCUUUUCGUAGCCGCCCUCGUAUCAUCCAAAUCCCUUAAAGGGGAAGAUGAGGAAUUGGUGUCGGAUUUGGAAGUAGCUGCUUCCCAUCACGGCCAUUCGAGUCACCACGAGGAAGGUGGAGGCCACGAGCAUCAUGGUCAUCACCAUGCCAGUCACGGCGGUAAAGGCGACAAGGGCUACAAGCACCACCAUCACCAUGACAAAGGGCACCAUGGCAAACACGGUAAACACCACCACGCUGCCCAUCACGGUGAGAAAGGAGGACACCAUAAAUCGCACCACGAUGGUGGCGGACACUAUCAUCAUCACCAUGCCCACGGAGGUCACCACAAGGGUGGAAAAUUCGGUGAAAAGAAGGGCCACAAAAAAGGACAGAAGACCCAUGGUCACCACCUUAAAGAACAUAAGGACGAGUACCACAAGAAGCACAAGUUCUACGAUGGCGCCCACAAGGAAGGUCAUCAUGCUAAGCACGGACACCAUCACGGUCACCACGGUUCUCACAGCGGUCAUCACAAGAAGGGCGGGCACCACAAGAGCGGACACCACGGUGGACAUCACGGGAAGAAAGGACACGGAUCCAAAGGACACUACGACCACGAUCACCAUGACCACAAAGGACAUGGUGGACACGAACAUCACCACAAACACCACAGCGACUACGGAAAGAAAGGUGGUCACCACGAAGGCAAAGAAUGGGGAUUCAGUCACAAGCAUUAACGAAGAGAGUGAGUUUGGUUAUGUGAUUGCGUUUGUUAUUUGUUAUUGUUUUGUUUUUGUUGUUGAGAUUGAAAAU